AUGUUCAAACGCAUUCAAUUAAACACGUGGGAUGACCUAGACUUUUUGCAUCGUUUCCGUCUCUCAAAACGCACGACAAUGAUGGUGCUAGAAGAAAUAAAGGAUUCCUUGCCGUGUGAUGAAAGGAGAUCACGCGAAUUACGACCUAUCACGCAAUUGCUAAUUGCAUUAAGGUAUUAUGCGCUUGGAUCUUCUCAACUAGCAAUCGCGGAUUUUUCAGGGGUUUGUAUUACAAGUGUACACGUUGUGUUGAAACGUGUGUCCAGAGCUCUUGCCGAACUUUCCCCACGGUAUAUUCAAAUGCCCCAAACCCAAAACGAGCGCUUGAAAGCAGCUAAAGAAUUUUUUGCAGUGGCAAAGUUCCCUUGGACUAUUGGUGCAAUAGAUUGCACCCAUAUUCGAAUUCAAUCGCCAGGUGGAACAGAUGCAUAA